AUGAACUUCUUCAAGAAAAAGAACAGCAAGGAAGACGCCCCUCCCGUCUCCCCUCAACCCCAUUCCCCAACCUCGCCCUCAUCCACAGGCCCACCCUCUCAACGAACCAGCGGCGGCGGUGUCCAACGAGUCUCGUCCAUCCACCACCCUCCCGGAAGCGGCGGUCCCAUCAUCCCACCUAGGACAAAGUCAAACGCCCCUAGCCCUAAUCCUGGCAGUGGCAGCCAACAGUUCUACAGCCAACAGCAGCCCGCCCUGCAACCCGGUGGCAAUCGUGACACUGACUCGAACUCGAUCAACUCUUUCGUGAUGGUCGGCGGGCAAUCUCAACAGCCGCAGACUACCCCCUUCAACCCCAACAAUAACAAUAACAACAACAGCGAGAUGUUAGUCUCCCAGCCACUUCAGUACUCGCAGUAUCAACAACAGCAACAGGAUCCGAGCUUUGAUCGUGGUGGCUAUUCUGCAGGAAGCAACCAAGACGGUCAGCCUCAUUCGCAAGGACACGGCGGCGACGACGGUGGAUACUAUGGACAACAGCCUGGAGCUGGAUACGACAAUAGCAACAAUGGAGGUGGUGGAGGAGGUCUUCUCAGGAGCAACCCUAUUAUUCUCCCUGGUCAGAGCAACAGCCCCAACAACAGUUCCAACGGUGAUAUCCCCAACAGUGGCAGCAUCGGUGGUGGGUCAGGAGAACUUCUGCCAGCGGAUGUUCGCAAGCUUCAGGAUGAGGUUCUGAGCUGGAAAAAGUCUCAACAGUCGUCGCAGACCAAGGUCGACCAGCUGGACAACACCCUGAAGCUCAAGACGCAGGAGAAUCAUGAUUUACACGCCAGUCUGCAGCAGGUUCACCACGACCGAGAGGUGCUCCAGGAACUGAUUCACAAGCGCGAAAAGGAGAUGGAGGACCUGCGGUCAAAGUACUUGAACGACGUCCGACAGAUCCGCGCCACCGACGACGACCAUUCGACCAUCGAGCAGCGUGUCCGCGUACUCCAGGCGACCAUUUUGCAAUUGACCAAAUCCUCGGCAGGCGACCGGUCGAUGAACCUGAACCAGGAGGAGGCUCUGCAGCUGGUUAAGAAGAAGUACAAGUUUGCCAACACCCAGCCCUAUAUCCUCAACAUGUUCCUCGAAAAAUACAUCAUGGACACGUUGCUGGAAGAUGUGUUCUACAGCCCAUUUUAUGUCGGAUUCCAGCCAGCCCAGGAGUUUGACGAUAUUCACAAGUGGAUGGUCGAGAACAACUUUAUGGACCAGGCGACCCGAUUCCGACAGCAACUCUGUUUUAUCUCUGCCAAGGCACCCGCCUCUCAGACUUAUGCUUCGCAGGAAGCAGCGCGCAUUGCCAAGAGCUUUGAAGUCCGCCUUGAGCAACUCUACAAUAACUGGAACGGGCAAGCCAAGGUGCUGGAUUUGGUGACAAAGGCAAUUGACUUGAGUUUGACGAUGAGGAGUCAGAAUGCAGAGAUUGUGGCACAGCAGGUGCCACUCGAGUCGGAGUUUGAUCCGACAAGGAUGGUGCCAGCACACAAGAGUAAGGACGGUGGCAAGGUCAAGGUCUGUGUCUGGCCAUGCUUUGUUGACACCAACGGUGUCGUCGUUGGCAAAGCCAAGGUCUUCUGCGGUUAA